AUGGAGGGUACGUUGGAGCUCCCAGCUGUCGGCCGACGGAUGUGCCUCGGUACCCUGUAUGAUUGCCGCAGUCAUCAAAUCAUCUCGUCUGGUACCACCCUUUGGGACCAAGAGACCAUAUCAGAAAAUAAGAAGGUCAGUGAAAAGAAAAGUCACAAAGUGACCCUCGUGAGGUCCCAUACAUUCAACGACAAAUGCAAAGCUCUUGAAGUAGACGAGUCUCUGAAAGCAAGCAUUCUGGCUGAUAUAGUGCAACCGGCAGGCUCGGCUAAGUUUCUGACUGAUCAGCCGCCACCAGAAGGCACGUGUCGCCUUUCUGUGCACUCCAAAGCUACAAACGGGAUCGAAGAACUACAACUCAAUCAACUGGGUAGUUGCAAAAUUCUGAAUUCAGAAGUGAUCACAGAAGGGAAUGCCACUCACGUAGUGGUGGGGAUUUUGUAUGGGUCCAACACUUUCUUUAUCUUCGACAAAACUUGUGGGGAAGAAACAAAAGAAGAUUGUCUAAAAUCACUCAUUCCCUUGGUGGGUGGUUUCAGUUCCGUUCCAUAUGAGGGGGAAUCAUCCACGUUUGAUCCUAAUGCAGCAAGUGGUGUAGAGUGCAAGGUUCGCUGUGAUUUAGAUGUAGAGGGUUGCCACUUUGAUUGCAAAGCUGCUUCCAAGUUACUGACAGAGAUACCUGAUAUGAUCAAAGAAAAUGCAGUUCCGGUAAAAUUCUUUUUGUACCCAUUGCACAAGAUCGAUUCAAGAGCAGCCAGGGUAUGCAAGGCUAUGAGCGAUGGUCUUCUUUCACAGGCGCAAGAAUUUCUGGAGGGUUUAGAGCGUUGUUCCGCGCGAGCCAGCGAAAUGGCGGCCGAUCCAGCGUGCAAAAAAUUCCCACAGUUUGCCGAGAAGUUCGCGUUUUUUAAGCAAAUGCUCAGCGAGUAUAAGAUGCACUUUCAGAGAGAGUUUGCGCUUGUGUUGCCCUCAAUCCAAGGAGGUAGCGAUGGGGAAAGCGUCCUGAAGGAAAUGCUGCAGAACGCUGCAACAGUGUCGCCCUUCAAACUGGCCGAACUUGAUGCCUGGCUUAAAAGCAAGCGCAAAGAGUUGAGUGCUGGAAAGAGGACGAGUAUCUGA